AUGCAUCGCAGAACAUUUCGCCAACUGCAGCAGGUUAUGCAGAACCCACAAGUUGGCUCUUCUAAUAUUCCCUCACCGUAUGCCGUAGAAGGUGGUCAUGUUCCUAUUUGGUCUAUUGUGAACGGCAUUGUACAAAAGAGAAAUUGGGUAUUUCGUAAUCCAGAGUGGUGUGAUCUCUGCAAAGAGCCAGUGGCCCUCUGGGUAAAUCACCACGGUCGCAAAGAUCAUGCACUAAUGGAUAUGCAUUAUACACAGAUGAUUGAGUAUCCACGACGAUGGAACCCUGAGGAAAUUCUUAACGUUUUUUUUGAUGAACUGCAAUUACCUGUUGAAACAUAUCAACGUUACUACGCUACGUAUGAAAGAGAACAUCGGAAUGAACUUUAUGCGAUGCUUCUUAAAUUAGAGGAAGCAAAAAUGUUGUACUUUGGGGAACCACGAGAUACUUAUCUUCAUCGUAUGCAAGGUGGUCUACGAGGUAUGGAUCAUCAAGGAGCAUUAGUGUUACACCGUUAUCUUUUAGGUCCAUUUAUGCGACUCUACCCUAAUGGACAUAUACAAGAUUAUUCAAAUCUCGUAGAUUUUGUAACGUGUGCGUAUAAUAUGGAAACUGUCUAUGAUCUUUGUGGGUUUUAUACGCUUGAUAAAGUAGCACUAAAGGCUGACUAUAAACCAAGUUCCCCUGCUGCUUUGGGUUUGGGUGGUAUUGCUGUACACUCAUCUGCUUCACAUGGCUUUACUAAACAAGCAACCGAUCAACGACAAGAAUUACAACAACAACAACGCCAAGGUUCAGUAGGGAGUUCUGGUGGUCGUAGUGCUGCGGAUAUGGAAGAAGAAGCCUUUUCAAGAAAAGCCGUUUUUGUACGUCAACUUUUGGGUCAAUUGCGGUGGUUGACAUUACCUGCUGAAGAACAUCCAGCAGGUUUCACAUUUCCAGAACAUUUAAUCCUACUUGGUGAAAUCUGUCUUAAGUCUCUAGUUGUGGAGAUUAUAGCAGCCCGGUUGUGUGAGUAUAUGGUACGGGUAGAACCAGUCUGGCGAGAUCACGGCUAUGAACGUGUAAAACUCAAUGUAGACAAAAUCAUGAAGUCUCAUGGUGAUAUUCUCCCUGAACCUGUGAAGUUCUUUUACCGUACCAUGUCUCCAAAGUUGGAUGACCUUUAUAGCACCAAAAGAGGUCUCCUCGACGAAACAUUGGAGAAAGAAGUAAUUACAAACCAAGGGGAAAAGAGUACAUAA